CCUGAUUCCAUCACUGCCAUCACUGUAUAGCCAACUGCAAGCGUGGCGUGGUUUUUCUAAUUAGCUUCCCAUCAUCUCUUCUCAUAAAGUUCAUCCAUCAAAAGCGCUCCAAUACCAAGUCCAAAUCAUGGCUGUACAACAAUCACCUAGCUAUUUUGGGAAACUUGCGUGUCUCUUUGGAUUUCUUCUCUUGUUCCAUUCAGGAUAUUCAACCUUUGAGCACCUGUCAUAUCUUAAGGCAGUUGAUGGACACGAAAGUGGCUUGCCUACUGAUAUCGUAGUUGAACUACUUGUGUCUGUAGCCAUUUUUGGGUUGGGCAUUGUACUAGUAGCAGACAACUUCAAGGAGAUUCUCAUGGAGACAGAGAUGGCAAAACAGUCCAUUGAGUCACUUGACGCACGCCCUUCAUUUUAUUCAUUUAAUCAUCGUGGAAGAGCGGUAUUCAGGAAUGUCGUUUUGAAGAAAUAGGACGAAGGGAGCAGUAGGAAAAGAAA